CACUUCAGAACGCUUGAACUUGCCGGUUUGGGAGGUGGUACGGAAAUCAGUCACAGGCUCGGGACCUGCUUUCUACUUCCCUGAAGCUCAUCCUCAACCUCAGCUUUUCAGUUAAGUGUUUGACCUCGAUGGAAAACAGAAGACGGGGAAGAAUUAGAGAACAUAUACGUUUGUUUCUUCUGUGGGUCUAGGGUUUUGUUUGUGGGUUUUUUAAUUAUUGGGGAUUUUGUUGGCGAAAUUGUACAUCAAUCGAUAGAUGGGGUUAGGGUUCUGGGUCAACAGUGCAAUUUGAGGUCAGCUGAUGCUAAACAGAAGGCGGUGUAGAGUUAGAUCACAGAGAUGUAUGUUUAUUUUGUCGGUCUAGGGUUUUAAUUAUUGGGGUUUUUGUUAGUGAAAUUGUACAUGAACAGAUAGAUGGGUACUAGGGUUCCGGUUCAACAGUUUAAUUUGAGAUCGGCUGAUUCAUACAUAGAUGGGACUUCUUUGCAUGAUCUGAAUACUGUGGAUGGACGUUCUGGAGAGAUCAUUGAACCCAUGGUUGACCGAAGUGCUGUUACAGAUGAAAGCUUAGACAAUGAAGACGACUCUGGUGCUGUUGAAUGCAUGCAUGAAAGUUACCAGAAUACAUUACCACUUCAUAAUGUAGGGGUAGAUGGAGGUCAUUCAAGCCUUGAUUCGAACGGGUCUUCAAGGGACCCAUAUAAUAUAUUAUCAGCCAAUGAUGUUUCACCAAUAGAAACAGCAAGAGCAAGAUUUCUGGAUUUUGUGGUGGAUAAUUUCAUUGGGUCACAUAUAGUUGAAGUAACAGAUUCUGAGACAGAAAGUUUAUCUCAAUCUGUGGAAGAAAAAGUGAGCAAGAGGAAGGAAAGAGAGAUCCAAUAUGAAGGUGAUUCUCUUUAUGCAUUGCCAUUGAUGUAUGUGGCAAAUAUGUAUGAAAGUUUGGUUAAUGAAGUAAACAUGAGACUUUCUUCAUUGGAUGGCAUGCGUGAAAAGACCAUUGGAGUGGCACUUGAAGCUGCUGGUGGUUUAUAUAGGAAGCUUGCAAAGAAAUUUCCUAAAAAAGGACCUUGCACAUUUAAAAGAAGAGAACUAGCAACAUCUUUUGAGACAAGAUCAAGAUUUCCUGAAUUAGUAAUACAAGAAGAGAAACGGGUUCGUUUUGUUGUAGUCAAUGGUUUGGAUAUCAUGGAGAAGCCAACUAUUACACAUAUAGAUGAUGCAGAGUGGUUCAAAAGGUUGACUGGUAGAAGUGAUGUGGCAGUUUCUCCUCGUGACUAUAAGUUUUAUGCUCCAAGACAUAAGUAUCGGCGUUCUUCAUCCAAUUCUGUUUCAAGCAUUUCUGGUUUUUCUACUUUUCCUGGUGCUGAUAAUUCUUCUCCAAUGUCUGUUGCUCAAGGAUACCGCUCUCUUACUGAACCACAUCCACAAGAUGAUGAACAUCAGCAGACAUCAUCAAAACAGCAUAUGCAAAGUCUUCCACACCAGGGUCAGUUUCAUAUUCAAUCGCUGACUCAUGGUCAACAUGGUCAAUAUUCUCAAUCAUCACAUCUUCCUGAAAUUGGGCACACACAGCAGUCCUCUGCCAUGUCUCAACAGUUGGCUUGUUUACAACCACUCACUCACCUUGGAGCCCGCUUGCAUGUACUGCCUACAAGCCCUGCAAAGUUUUGUGACGAAUGUGGUGCUCCAUAUUUGCGAGAAACUUCCAAAUUCUGCUCAGAAUGUGGUGUCAAGAGGCUAGGGACAUGAUGUUUUUCCUUUUUUCUUUUGCUCUGGUAAAAGACGUGAAUGCCCUCCUCAUCAAUGUAGGGCUGAUGUGCGUCUGUUGUUGAAGUUUUUUGUGAUGAAGGGGUAGGAUUAGUUGUUGUAUUGUGGAUGUUUACUAUGUAUUGGAAUAGUGAAUGUGUCUUGUAAAAAUUACAAAUAUUUAUGUUAAAUCAGCUAGAGGUGUUUGUGGUUU